GACUGAGGGCCUAUAUAUACAAGAGCACAGUGGUUACUUUCAGUUUAUUUGUGUCCUUCUGUAAAUCAGGUUGAAGACACACAGUAACUGUCUCCUCAAUUAUGGAGAAUGAUGGAUUUAGUUUCGAUGACGUAUCUUCUUCUACUGAAAGCAGUAAAGCCAUGGAAGGGGUGUUUCACAGCCAUUUAGAGGAGAGAGUUCGUCCUUAUAUCGACCUGAUUGACUCUCUGAGGCUGAUCGGCAUUGAAGAAGAUUUAGCUCUACCAACUAUAGCAGUGAUUGGAGAUCAGAGCUCCGGGAAAAGCUCUGUACUGGAGGCGCUGUCUGGGGUGGCGUUACCCAGAGGGAGUGGUAUUGUUACCAGGUGUCCUCUGGAGCUCAAGCUGAGGAAGAUCAAGGGUGGGGUUCAGUGGCGAGCGGCCAUAUCUUACAAAGAGGAAUACAUUGAGUUUGAUGACCCAUUACUGGUUGAACAUUACGUUGCAGAAGCUCAGAAUGUGUUGGCUGGUGACGGAGUUGGAAUAUGUGAUGACCUCAUCACUCUGGAGAUCAUGUCUCCUCAUGUCAGUGACCUCACACUGAUCGAUCUGCCUGGGAUUGCAAGGGUUCCUGUUAAAGGUCAGCCUGAUGAUAUUGGGGAGCAGAUCAAAAAUCUCAUACAGACCUUUAUUGAGAAAAGUGAAACCAUCAAUUUGGUCGUGGUACCAUGCAAUGUUGACAUUGCAACAACAGAGGCACUGAGGAUGGCACAGGAGGUGGACCCUGAAGGCAAAAGAACUCUGGCUAUUCUUACUAAGCCAGACCUUGUUGACAGAGGAGCAGAGAAGACCAUAUUGGAUGUAGUCAGAAAUCAGGUUAUUCCUUUAAGCAAAGGAUACAUCAUCGUUAAGUGCCGUGGUCAGAAGCAGAUUGAUGAGAAAAUCUCUCCGGAGGAGGCCACUCGAGUGGAGAGAGACUUCUUCAAACGUCACGAAUUCUUCAGUUGCCUUUUGAAUGAGGAGAAAGCAACGAUUCAGUGCCUUGCCGGCAAACUGACUCAAGACCUGGUUGAUCACAUCAAAAAAGCGUUGCCUCUGCUUUCAGAGCAGAUAAAGAAGCAGCUGUGGGACUUGAGAAAAGAGUUGAAUCAGUGUGAGGCUGGCCCACCGCUGGAUCCACAGAAGAGGAAGGACUUCCUCAUCAUUACUUUGAUGAAUUUCAAUGACAAGAUCAAUCGCUUGGCAUGUGGGGAAGCGGGUAAUGAGGACAACUUGUUUGUUCAGCUUCGGUCGGAGUUCAAAAAGUGGAAAGAGCAUCUUGACAGUACAAAGUCAUCAUUUCAUGAGGAGGUCCAGACUGUGGUGAAAGAAUAUGACCUGAAGUACAGAGGAAGGGAGCUGCCUGGCUUCAGUGAUUAUAAUGUGUUUGAGAUGGUGGUGCAGAGACUUGUGAUCCAACUGAAGGGACCAGCCAUUGAACGACUCAGAGUCGUAAGAGAAACCAUCCAGGAACAGUUCUCAGAUGUGUCCAAAGUCUGCUUCCUCAACUUUCCUUUCCUCCAGUGUGUUGCCACGAACAAGAUAGACAACAUUCAGUCAAAGCAAGAAGCCAAAGUGGAGCAGAGGAUCUUGGAGCAGUUUGAGAUGGAACAGCUGGUCUACACUCAAGAUAGCAUCUACUUCAAAACAUUGAAUGGAACACCAGGGGACGGAAAAACAGCUUCAGAAGACAACUACGCUGGGCUUGACAGCAGGACCAAAUAUCCUGAGAUGCUGCACUCUUAUUAUGAGAUCGUCGUGCAGCGACUGGCUGACCAGGUGCCCAUGCUGAUCCGAUACUUCAUGCUGAAGGAGUCUGCUCAGCUGCUCUGCAGUGAGAUGUUGGGGUUAAUGGACGGUGCUAAUGUAGCUGAGGUUCUCCGGGAGGAGUCAGAUGUCAGCAGACGCCGCAUUAACAUGCAGAACCGGAUGGAUCGUCUCACCAUCGCUCAAGAAAAGCUCAGUAACUUCAUUUGAAGGGGACGACCUUGGAUAUAAGCUAUCAUCUUAGAUACUAACAGAUAAGACAUCUUGGGAGUUAUUUAGAUGCAGUAAUGACAAUUCCAGUUAUUUUUUAUCUUUUUAAAGGUAAUUUUUUCAUUUUUUAUGGUUUUAGGUACAGCACACAAACAGUGAGGGUACAUUUUAGAAAACCUACAUCAUUGGCUCUCAAUCCUGCUCUCAACACACCUGAUGCAACUCAGGAAUUCAUUUACAAGCCCUUCCUUCCUAUGGCUGACUCUGAAAUGGCUCCUUACAUUGUGACCUAUCUGGCCUCAGCUAUCCAAACAGUGCAUCAUAUGUCUAACAAACAAGCCACAGGGAUUUUGCCACCUCUUUUAGCAAAGUCACUUAUGUUUCACACAAUUAUGUGUUUAUAAGUAAUCACGUUUGUUUCACAUCAACAGGUUUUCAAGUGAUCACACAUUGUUUCACAUGAGACAUUAUUAUCUACAACAUGCACGCCAGUGGUGCUACAGGACCAAGACUAGGAGCUGACCUAAAUAAUUCUGCAGAACAAUUCAAGGGGGUCUGGUGACAUAUCUUAAUUUCAAAUAAACACUUGCAUUCUUCAUAUUACUAAUACAGAGGAAUGUGAUGUGUACAAUGUUUUUUUUAAAGACUUGAUAUAAAAACACAUUUGUCGCCUUUUUAAUAAAAACACUUUUCAGAUAUUUACAAAAGUAUGUAAGUAUAUUUUUAUACAGUACACGUUAUCAGACCUCUGGAAGAACGACAGAAGCUUGCUGAUUAACUAUGCAACAAAAUGUAUAUUUCAAAACUAAAGCCAAACAAUAUCCAACACUAGAUUUUUCAUAAGGCCUAUUUUUCUUGGUUGAAUCAUGGUGGUCUGUUUUAUUACUGAACAUUGAUCAGGCAUGCCUGGCUGUCUUUAAAUGAUUCACUGAGUCUGUGAAUUUGUUAGUGCAUGCAGGGUAAUGUAGCCUAUUUUACUAGCACAUUUUUGUUACUACUUUAAUUUAAUUUUAUUUCAUUAUAUAAACUACAAAGACACACACUACUAUACUAUAAUGCACUGUUAUCUCUUGUGAAACAGAUUCUAAUUUAAAGGGAACAUGAACGUAUGAGUUGCUGCAUUCUUUCUGAUAAAAGAAUGAGGUCAGACGGUUUACACCAGCAUUUCACAAUUACUAAUUCUUCACAGUCCUUCUGAUUUCUUGACUCAUUUCUUGUCUUAAAAACAGAAAAUGAAAAACAAUCUGAAUAUGACUGAAUUAUUUAUGCCUAAAGUGUGUAGACAAAGCUUCAUGUCACCUGAAUACUGUUUACACUUGUUCCUCAUUUCAUGCUUUGUAAUAAACAUGUGCCAUUA